ACAGAAUUGCAUAGAUUAUACACAACAAAAGACAUGCGAAGGCUGAAUGUCGUCGCUUUGUCUCAGCAAUUUAUUUAAUUGCAGUUCGCGGUUGCCGCGAGCUAAUAGUUUUAUCUAUCGCAUUUUAAAGCCUCAUUUAAAAUAUUUGUAAAUGUUUAAUUAAUGUAAAGGUGCCUUUUAAGUGAAUCGUGAUAAAUUGUGAGUAAAUUAUUAAUGUACGUGGCCCGGUCAGUAUUCCAAGAAACUACACAAUUCUCCAUCAAGAUCCGGAAACCUACUUAUUAUGUUGAUAUAUUUUAAAAUGAGCAAUCGUAAUCGUAUCAUUGGGUUGGAUUGAAAUUGUCAGAAGCCAGUGACCCGUGGUGUAUUCGUUAAAAUGUUCCGAAGUAAAAUAAGGAUUCACACGUGUCGUAUUAUCCUGCUGACGUCCUUGGCUUGGUUACUGGUGGACGUUAUGCUGCUGGCUAUGUAUUCGGACUGCUUCGGCGACGGAUGUAAUCAGAAGACUGUUACUAGUGAAAUUUCAAUUGGGAAGGAGGCAUACAAAGGGAAAAAAGCAGCAAUUGCUGCAGCACUUCAACAGGAUGUAGGUGAUGAUGAUACAAAUUUAGAAGAGAAUGUAUUGGGCCAAGAGGUUGAGGAUGAUGGGGUUUUAUUAUCUCCAUAUCCAAGGUCAAGACUCAAAAGGUGGCAGCGAGCACCUUCUGUGAUACCCCAGGGAGAAUCACCUGGUGAAAUGGGUAAGGCUGUGAACAUUCCGAUUGAGCAGGAGAAGUUGAUGUUAGAUAAAUUCCAAGAGAACCAAUUCAAUCUUUUGGCCAGCGAUAUGAUCUCACUCAACAGGUCACUGACCGACGUCAGAUUCGAAAAAUGCAAGGACAAGCAAUAUCCAGAGUUGAUGCCAACGACGAGCGUAGUUAUAGUGUUCCACAACGAGGCCUGGUCGACUCUAAUCAGAACUAUAUGGAGCACGAUAAACAGGUCGCCGAAAGCUCUGCUCAAAGAAAUUAUUCUCGUUGAUGACGCUAGUGAAAAAGAACACCUGGGAAAGAAGCUGGAAGAUUACAUAAAGACAUUGCCCGUUUCGACUCGCCUCUUCCGUACAGAGAAACGUUCCGGUCUCAUCAGGGCUCGUCUGCUCGGAGCCAAACAUGUACUCGGUGACGUCAUCACCUUCUUGGACGCACAUUGUGAAUGUACAGAGGGGUGGUUGGAGCCACUGCUGGCGCGCAUCGUGGAAGACAGAGCGACGGUCGUGUGUCCGAUCAUAGACGUUAUAUCGGAUACGACAUUCGAAUACAUUCAGGCUUCCGACAUGACGUGGGGCGGCUUCAACUGGAAACUUAACUUUAGAUGGUAUCGCGUUCCCGAACGCGAGAUGUCACGACGCGGAGGGGACCGUACAGCGCCACUUCGUACCCCGACCAUGGCGGGCGGACUCUUCGCCAUCGACAAGGAAUACUUCUAUAAAAUCGGUUCUUACGACGAAGGCAUGGACAUUUGGGGCGGCGAGAACCUUGAGAUGAGCUUUAGGGUGUGGCAGUGCGGCGGGCGGCUCGAGAUCGUGCCGUGCUCGCACGUGGGCCACGUGUUCCGCGACAAGUCCCCGUACUCGUUCCCGGGCGGCGUUCAGAACGUUGUGUUGCACAACGCGGCCCGCGUCGCCGAAGUCUGGAUGGACGAGUGGGGAGAUUUCUAUUACGCCAUGAAUCCAGGUGCGUUGAACGUCCCGGUCGGUGACGUCAGCGAGAGGAAAGCUUUAAGAGAACGUCUCAAGUGCAAGAGCUUCAGGUGGUACCUCGAGAACAUCUACCCCGAGAGUCAAAUGCCUCUCGAGUACUAUUACCUUGGAGAGAUUCGUAACGCGGAAACAUCGAACUGUUUGGACACCCUCGGCGGCAAGGCUGGCCAGCCGCUCGGCAUGGGCUACUGUCACGGAAUGGGAGGCAACCAGGUGUUUGCUUACACGAAACGCAAGCAAGUAAUGUCGGACGACAACUGUUUGGAUGCGGCGCAUCCGCGUGGACCCAUCAAGCUGAUCCGGUGUCACGGCAUGAGGGGCAACCAGGAGUGGAUAUACGACACCAAGACGCGGACAAUAAAGCACACGAACACGGGCAUGUGUCUCGACAAGCCGGACGCGUCGGACGUGUGGAAGCCGGUGCUGCGGGCCUGCGACAAGUCCCGGGGACAGCAGUGGCUGAUGCAGGUCGACUUCAAGUGGCAGGCCAGGCGGAACCAGAACAGCUAGUCCCCACUCGCACCGUGCAAGGUUUGACAACGAUAGACCAUACCAGUCUUCCUAUACUUUCAUUAUUUUAUAUCAGAUCUUAUUCCUAAAAUAAAAUUUAUAUUUACUAGAUUUUAAUAUAACACACACGAGGUCCUAUGAACCAUUGACAAUACAUAUUAUUAUGCUGUAAAUCACAAUGAAAGUUGCUCAAGUAGAUAUUGUGUGUUUUGUUUGAUGUUUUCGUGUAUUCUAUUCAGUGUCUAUAGCGACUUACUUAAAAGAAAUAAAAAAUUAUAUUUAUAGCACACACAAAGGAAGGGCCUUACAAAAUAUAUUUCAAGUUUAAAAUCCUAUAUUAAAUUUCAUAUUUUACUAUUUGAAUUUUUGUUAGCAAUAUGUUUUUUUUUUUCAAUGUUCGCUUUUAUGGCUUUCCGAAGGGUAUCAGCCAAAACAUAUUAAUACAAAAUCGGUUUGUAGCCUGUUUUAAAACAUCAAGGCUAUUAAUAAUUAUAGUUAUUCCAUCACAGUAGAAAUAAAACGAGUUUAAUAUUAUAAUUAGAUAAUAUUGUAUAAAAUUCCCACAUAUCUUUGCCCCUUUCGCUGAUUUUUUUAGUUGUCAGAGAAGUAGUAUUCUAGAAAUAUUUUAAUUAUUUUUUUCCAGAACUGAAUAGAAUACACGGAAAUAAUGUAAUUGUAAUAAAGAAGAGAAAUAUAUGUUUAUAAAUUGUGUAAUAAUUCAUUAUUAUUAUAACUAUAUUUUUAUGAGCUAGAGGUUGUAUUUAGGUAAUGUUCAUUUGAAAUUAUUCUGUAGAGUCGUUGUAUUUACACGAUAGGUCAUUAAAUUUAUGAUUACAAAAAGGAUGUAUAUGGCACUCCGCAAUUUUAUUCUAUUUACAAUUUAUUAGAGUUAGGAACUAGACAAAUAUUUUUGUUGAUUUCACUCCAUGGCAAGUAAGUUUGAUAUGUGUUAAGAAGUGCACAUUAUAUUCAAACCGUUGGCAGAAUAUCUAUUGUUCAUUAUGUUGGUAGAUAACAUAAUGAAAGAAAGAUAUUGUUUCCAGCAGAAUACUGGAAAUAGCAUAUCAUUACAUAUAAUGAUGACAUUUAUAAAUAUUUUGCUUUAUUUGAAUGUUUGCUUCUAUUCAAAAUAUUUAUACAAUAUGAACUCUUAUGAAAAUGUAUAUAUGUAUUCUCGUUAAUUAUCAUUUAAAUUAUAUGUAUAUAGUCUGUCACGUUCGAUAAAAAAAAAAGUUACAUUUCCCCUGGUCUAGCCAUUUUUCAUAUAAAAUGAUGUUCUAAUAGGCUCAUUAGACGGUUACUCUUUUGAACGAAUUUGAAACAUUAUUUCAUAUCUGACUUUACUAAUGGAUUAUUUUGAAAAUUAUCUGAACUUGUGAAAUUCUGGAUUUAUUAUGAAACCCAAAGAAGCGAGUUUGUUAACGUUAUCGAUAGCGUAAAAGUUAACUUAAAUUUAUAUGCAUUUGGAACAGCGCCCCUAGCGGCUAAUGUAGGCAAACGUCUUAAGACAUGUGGCGAUAUCCACGUUAUGAUUUCUAUUUUGCGAUGAUGAUCUAUGCUAGGGGUCGCGACCAUGUAGGGAUCGUCAGAAGGUUGUUAGAGGUCGCUAUUGUUUAAUUUUUCAGUUGAUUUAGCAGCUCACAAUACGCCCUCGCUAAAUCUUUUCAUCCACAGAAGGGGUCGUAGUCGAAAAAAGUUUGCGCUCUAAAUAGAAACAUUAAAUUAGUAAACAGGUUUUUUCGAACGCUUUUCUUUGUGGUUUUGAAAAUGUUUGCGAUCCGUUAUUUGUCUUCGUUUUUGGCACACUGUGUAAGCUGUACAUACUUUCACUAAAUUAUUAUUUUUUUGUAAGAACCUUCCAUAAAGUUUUGGAUUUGUAUUUUUUUUAAAGUUUUAAUUGAGUUAAAGCGUACUUUACAUUCAGGUAGCAUUGUAGUAUAAUAUAAUGUUGAGAAAGAAUAUUGUCAUCGUUGAUAGAUCGUCUAUAAUAAAUCAACAGUCAUCCUAUCUGUUGCCUUAGUUAUUUGUAAUCAUUCACGUUAUUCUUAAGUCAUGUGUUAAUAAUAUUUUAGUGUAUUUUUAAAAUACUUAUUGUGUAGGUCUCGAAGGAAUUGCCUGUAAUUUUCUUAUAGUGGAAUUAUAUUAGAUUAGUCCCAUUCGAAUUCAUUCCUUUGCAUUUCAAAAACUUAGGAUUGACCCGAACAACGGGUCUUGUCAUUUCACUUCUGUAGAUUAUACGUUUUCGUAACGAUUAGGGCCCACUUAUGAUCCUCUCGAUGCCGAAUUAUUAUUGUUGUAAUUUUAUUAAACAGUCUGCACCGGGCUCGAAAUGAGAAUAUUCUAAUAAUAACUAUCCUAAUAUAUGUAUGCGGAAAAAAUAUUCUUUGCGCAGCAUUAAUUGGAUACGUUUUUUUUUGUAACUGAAUUUUGCUUCCCAGUAACAAUUUUUUUCUCUUCCUUACCCGAUAUCUAAAAAUAAAUUAAUAACUUAACAAAAUAAAAUUUUUUUUUAUUUAAAACAAAAUUUUCUAGCAUAUCACUAUUAUAAUGUUGUAAAUGAAAUUUUUAUUAGGGAUUUAAAUAUAAUUGUUAUUUAUUGCAAAUUGAACAAUAAUACAUCACAGACACGUUUUAGAUUAAUAGACUAUAAAAGCAUUGCAUAGAGCGAACGAAAUUAAAUUGUGUAUAAUAAUUGAAUGAAGACGUCACGCCCUCUGUAUGUUAAAGGAAGAUUUAACUUUAUUUAAAUAUAUUUUUCAGAUUUCUUUUUACGAUGAUGACUAAUAGAAAGUUUUCAAUUGCAUUGUUUCUUUGGUAUUGGGACGUAAAAUGACGUGUCGUCCAGCGAUUUAAGGUUUAUAUAUUGAUCAAUUGCGUUUUAUUAAAGUUUACCAAUAUUUAUUCAAGACGGUUUUCACAAGACAUUAGUCAUAGGACAUUGAGGAGUAGCUCGAAGAUUUAGCAUGGUCUCGUUGAAAUUAUUCAAUGGAUUUUAUUCUUUUAAAAUAAGGCACUGUUUAGUCAUCGAAGCUAAUCGUUCUGACAGCAAAAACAUAGUUAUCCAGGGUACGUCUUAUUCGUUUUGUUACGCGAAAUAAAGUGACCACUGCCAUUUCAUUUUAUAUACACCAUUAUUUUAUAACUAGUACAAAAAUUUUAAGGACAUAUUAGGGAAGACAUUAUUAUCAUAUAUGUGAUGGAAAAAUCUCAUAAUACCUUUAAAUGGCAAAGUUAUUAUCAUUUGUUUAUUGUAAAAAAUCUCACUGAAAUCAUGGACAUAUUACUUUACAAUCCAUUCAUUAGUUCAUUGAACUUCAUUGAUGGUAUUCCAUCCUACUCAUUCGCAUUCGUACUGUCGCACUUGUGACGUAGAUGGCCUUAGACAAUAAAAUGAAACAAAAGAACAUGUGAUGUAGUUACCUACUUUAUUUAAUUUUCUAAAUUCUAACCUCUCCUUCAUAUUCAUCCGGGCUUAGGACCGGCAAAAUUACCUUUUUACAAUUAAUUAAAUACGUAUGUGAUUAGAAAACAAUAAACAAAUAUAACAAUAAAAUAAGGUAUUCUGUACUAAAAGAAAAGAGAAAUUUUGGCAUAUUUAUGAAGUUAGAAUCAGGUGCUAUUUACAAUAAUUAUUUACAUAGGUAUUAUUUACUAAACUUACAAGUAUUUCAAUUGUCCUUCGAAAUGUCCGCCACUAUUGUUAAUACACAGACGGGCUCGUUUCAUUAAAUUGUUUUUAACGAGAGAAGUACGCUUCUCUGUCUUUUCACUUCGUGAAUAGCGUCCAAUAUGCGCUGUUUUAAUCAUUCGAGCCUAAUUCGCUCGCUUCUGUGCACACGUCUCUUAAUUUCACUCCACAAAAAGAAGUCCAUGGGCGUUAAUUCUUGAGAUUUCCUGUAGUGAUAUGGAUGUAAUGGAGCCUUAUUAAUAAUCUUCCAGACACAGGACUGGCUGAUGUUAAGCCGUCGAUCAGCGUCAUUUGUACUCCGCCGGGGAUCCUCUUCAAAAUACGCUAGUACAUCGUCGUACAGAUUUUGUGACAACGCCGGUCUUCCUCGUUCUUGACGUACGUAGGUGACCGUGCGUGGAAUGAACCGUGAUCUAGUAAACGCUGGUAAGCAUUUACCACGGUUCGCACAUUUGGCUGUCGAGCGUUUGGGUGUCUUCCCUGUACAUACGUACAGCUGCACUCGCGUUUUCUCCACUCAAAAAGUACGCACGAAGCAUAGCUACAUACUCCCGUGAUCUGAACUGAUAAGCCAUCGCGUCAGGGAAAACUUAAACAAACAACUGUUGCAACGAAAAAAAGCAUGCGCACACUUCCGAUAACAAUUUAGCACUGUUUUUUGUCGUUGUUGCGUCGGGGCACGGCGCGGGCGCAGAGGGACAAGGGGUGGUUGGUGGGCUUCGACUUGCGUUUCCCGGAAUUUAUCAAUGGAGCAGCGCCCCGUAGGUACCCAAACCCCGCCGCACGUACCUACUAUCGGUCAUUGAUUGAUUUUUUUAAUAAUUAUUUAGCAUUUACCAGUUAUUACGUAUUUUUGUGGACAGUUUUGAGACUUAGUGUUUUUUAUUUUUUAACUACACAAAUAUGAUUAGUUAAAGAUACUUAGAGACCAGUUAAAUUUUUUGUAUUAAUUAAAAAAUAGGGGUGUAUAUAAUUUUUAAAGUUAUUUGAAUUCUUAACAACUCUUAGUUUAUGAUUGAUUAAUUGGGAAACAGGUCUUCCGAAUUAUGGGAAUUUGUUUACUAUAAGAUCGCUGUAAUGAACUACAUAAUCUUUUAAGCAGUGUUAUUUAUAGUCUGUAGUUUGUAAUCCUAUUUGUAAAUAAGUUGUUAUUACGAAGAUUCGUCCGAUUUACAACAAAAUGUUAUGUGAAAAGAGAGCAUUUAUUUUAUCUGUUUAAGAUUAGAAUCUCAGUUUGAUUUUUUUAUGUAAUUCAUGGUCAAAGUGCCAAAUUGAUGAUGACUUGUGUUUAUAUAUAUAUAUAUGAGUUAUAACAACAAAUACACCAUUCCAAUUAACAUGUUUAGGAUUUUGACUAUUGACAAAUUAAAUAUUUGGACUGAAA